AACGUGGACGCCUUCAUGAACGUACGCCUGGAGGAGGUGCUGUACCGGGACCGACGAGGUCGGCUCACCGAGCUGCAGGACCUGUUCAUCACUGGAGGGAGCUUUGUGUUGGUCAAGCUGAGCAGCCUCCACGACCAAAGGAGAGUUAAGAGUGUAAGAAAGGUCCUGGAGAUGGUGGAUAUUUGAACUGACUGUGAACCAGGAUGGAGCCUGUUAAGCGAGACAUGGAGCUGCUCAGUAACAGCAUGGCGACGUACGCUCACAUCAGAGCCAAUCCAGAGAGCUUUGCCCUCUACUUCAUGAUGGGCGUCUGUUUCGGCCUGCUCAUGGCGCUCUGCCUCCUGGUGGCCGGCAUCGCCUGCAGGACGCGGCGCCCCAGCAGCAGCAGCAGCAGACCCCCUCCGUCCCCCGAGAGGAGACAGCUGAAGGAGUCCAGCGAGGAGGAGGAGGGCGAAGAGGAGGAGGAGGAGGAGAGCAUCGCAGACGAGGACGGCGGCGGCGGCGAGGAGUCAGAGAUCCCCAAGGUGACGGCGGGGCCCAUGAGCGAUCGCAGCAGCCCGUCGAACGGCACGCUGAGGAGCGUGAACGUGUUCGCGUCGGCCGAGGAGCUGGAGAAGGCCAGACGCCUGGAGGAGAGGGAGCGGAUCGUCAGGGAGAUCUGGAGGAACGGGCAGCCGGACAUCCUGGUCACGGGGACGGGGACGAUUGGACGAGUGCACUACCACUAACAGACACUUUGGAAAAGAUACCUCACAGACUGCAAAGGUCACGACACACACACACACGUUUUCACCCUGAUUUUCUACGGAGACCCAAAGUGUUUAAGUGUUUCAUGGUUUAAAGGGCUGCUCCGCCCAUUUUUAAACAUGGAGACCAGUUCACUCAACUUGACGAACCAUACUCCGCCUGUGAAAAUGGUUAUGUAAGGUCUUCUAUGGCUCACUAGGGAGCUUUUAAACAGUAUGAAAUAAUAAUUUUUAAAUGUUACCUCAGCUACGGCCCAGGACUUUAGAUUUGUUUUUACAUUUCAGUUCACAGAGACACGUGAAAAACAACAAAACCACCAAUUAACAAAAACACUGAGAUAUUUGGAGCCAAGGGGCCUUUGCCUCUGCACACGCUGCCAUUCAAAACAACGAAUAAACAAUAGAUUGCAAAACACAAAACUUCAGAUUCGGAGAUGAUAAGAGAUCCAUUUAAAAAUGCUCUCCAUCUGACCUAGGGGGUGUGAACACCGAAGCAAGAUCAGUUUGUUGUCCAGACAUCUUUGUGCUUCACUCAGGACGUCCUGUAUCUCACUUUUGACCAGGCUCCAUCACCAUGGUAACCUGUGCUGCAGGGUGCAUAACCUCAGGCUCUACUGCUUCAGUCAUUAUGGAUUCAUCUGUCGCUGCCUUACACUUCAAAUACAUGAUGAAGUAAAAUUCAUAUCAAUAAACACAGAUAUAAUGUCUAAUAUAACCAUGGAGUUCUCCAAUAUACCAGUGAAUUUGUGUAAUUAAUUUCAUCACGUGGUGGAAAGUAACUAAGUACAUGAAAAGUAGUUGGCAGCAUAGGAUUUUUUUUUAAUGCAUCAUAUUUGGCUCCAUGUGUAUUUUAUUUUUACAAUGUGAAUGAUAAAGAUUUUAACCACUUUUUAA